AUGAAUGGGAACGUUAUACCGAUUUACAGAGUAGUCACAUUGCCUAUGUCGUAUCUGAUUUCAUUUUAUACCGAUUUACAGAGUAGUCACAUUGCACUGGAAUGGUCGUUUGGGGUGAAGAUAUGCCGAGCUGAUUUUGCGUAUGAAGACCUUGUUGGAUUUGUGACAGAGAGUUGGUGCAGCUUGAAUGCGAGGGAUGUUUCGAUGACAUACAAUGUUGAUGGUUAUGGAGAGGGCAUGUUGGGUGACAAUGAUGAGGUAAUGUAUAUGAAAUCAUUGGUUCGACAACUAGGCCUUGACCGUGUUGAGAUAACUGUGAAGCGUAAGGACAACGUUAAUGCAGUAGUGUUGGCGAGGGUACCACAAACUGCCUCACUCAAUUCGAUGGGUAAUUAUCUGAGUAACGACAUGGGUGUUCGCCCGAAUGCGUUGACAUUUGAUAACACACAGUUGUUGAGUGCCAAUUGGAGAAAUCUUAUAAGGGAAGUAGGGCAAGGAUUUCGGAAUGGGGCUGUUGAUAUCCGGGAUGCAUUGCGGAAAUACGCAGUUGAAGUUGGAUUUGAAUUUGACUAUGUGAAGAAUGAACCUUCAACGAUUACGGCAGAGUGCAAAUACAGGGUGAUGAAGAAGUCUAUGUGGAGGAUUCAUGCCUUGCUACAGAAGGAAAAUGGAUUCUUUUAUAUUAGGACAUUCGAAAAACAUCAUACGUGUGGAGCUUCAUUUAGUUCAUCGAGCAAAAAUAGAUUGACAUCUGAUUUAAUUUCGGUUUUGAUCAUGAAUGCAAUUAGAAUCAAACCUGAAAUGGCCCCGAAUGAUGUCGUGCUCAAUGUCAAAUUGUACUAUGGCAUUGACAUUAGCUAUUUUGUUGCUUGGAAGGCACUUCCUGCGGGGAAGCAUCAUGUGUUUGGUGAUGCUAGGACAUCGUACUCGUACUUGCCCUUGUAUUUUGAAGAGCUUGGGCGUAGCAAUCCGGGCAGCGUGUACCAUCUUGAUGUCGAUCCAGUAUCAAUGAAGUUUAAGAGGUGUUUUUUUGCUUUUGAAGGGAGUUUGUCGGGGUUUAAGGCAUGUCGCCCUAUGUUGGCUCUUGAUGGGAUCUUGUUGUCUGGGAAACUCAGGGGAAUCCAUCUAAGUGCGUUGGGCAAAGACAAUGAAAAUGUAGCUUUUGGAAUAGUGAACGAGGAGACUAAUGACAACUGGGCGUAUUUUCUACAACACUUAAAAACUGCUAUUGGAACAGAUCGUGUGCUGACAUUCUUAUCGGAUCGUAACCAUGGAAUUUUGCGCGGUGUGAAGGAAAUAUUCCCUGAUUGUGGACACAUAUUUUGCCUUUUCCACUUGCAGAACAACCUGCUGCACAAGUGUAGAGGUUGCCCGACUAAUUUCCGAGAGGGCAUUGUUGCUAAAUUCAAUGCUUGUGCAUAUGCACCGACAAAGAUUGAGUUCCAUCAGAAAUUGAAUCAGUUGAAAGAAUAUGGAGGCGUAAAGGUAGAUAAUUUCAUUGCUGACUUACCCUUUGCUAUCUGGACAUGUUCGUAUUUUGUCGGAGAUCGGCAUAAUGAGAUGACCUCAAAUGCUGCUGAGUCGUGGAACUCGAAGAUCAAGGGUGCUCGUGAUUUUCCUAUCACAAAUUUUAUCGAUUAUAUCAGGGGUGAAGUAAUGAUAAAUAUUAGCAUAAGGGCUGAGGAAGGGGCAACGAUGACAACGGAGCUUAGCUCCAAAGUCCAUGAGCAGGUGGAUCAGUUGGUUCAAGAAGGUAGAGUAUGGGUAGCGAGGAAGUCGCCGGAUCAUAUGUUCGAGGUUCUAUGCGACCCAACUGCAGUUGUUGAUAUAAAAGAAAGAGUGUGUUCGUGCAGGAUGUGGCACAUCGCUGGAUUGCCUUGUGCUCAUGCUGCUUGUGUGUUGGAGACUUACUCGCACCCUGUUGUGCCGUUUGUGCAGCCUAUGAUUGACAAUAACAUGCCGAUUGUUGGGCCCCUAGACCACCACGUUCGUAGAGGAAUGCCUAAGUCAAAAAGAAUACCAUCGAAGGGAGAGAAGAUCAAACGGAAGAUCAAGUGCAGUCGGUGCAACCGAAUUGGGUACCACAACAAGAAGACGUAUUUGAUGGCCAUUAUUGGGGGUUGA